CGGGAAAGCUCGCGGCCGUACUCGUGUUUAUUUCCGUUUGAAUCCCCGCUACGGAACGGCCACCGUCCGCGGCGACUAAUUCACGGCAUCUGGGGUGUGUUGAAAAACACCCAAACACCGCAAAACCAUCAAUUCGACGGGUGAGCCAGUGAAGACCAUUUCGGUAUCUAAAGUGCGGCAUUUGCCUCCGGUGUGUUUGUGUGUGUGUGCGUGCGUGGGAGUUGUGUUUAGUGUGCGCCUGCUAAAACAAAGCUCCAUAGCGUUGUAAAACAACAAUGAGAUGCUUGGAGUUGCAUGAAAUACAGUGAACAUUAAGCGGCCAAUGUUUUUACCAUUGUUCGGGUUAGAACCAUGGAUGUGUCCUUUCGCGAUUGCUGCUGUCCUUUCGACGCAGUGGGCAGCAGAUGUGCGUGUCGUGUUUUACGCUCACACACAUUGAACGAUUUCCAUUCCGUCGAGACACGGGAACCUACCGGCGAAUUCCGCUCCGGCGAGACGACGAAAGCUCGCUCAGUGAGCCACUGAUGAGACUGUGCCGAGAAAGCGGCGAAUGGAGGUAAAGUGGAACGUCGUCGUUGGACCAGCAUUUGUGAGGUUCGUUUGAUUGAUUUCGCUAGUGCAUUUGUAAACGUACUUGUGUGCCUGUGUGUGUGUGUGAGAUUAAUAGUGUAACUGUGUAAUAACCUCGGCGCGGAACAGGCACUAAGUUUAGAUACUAGCUAAUUUACAUCGUCUACUACACGUCUAAACCAAUCCAUCAAGAUGACCACAUCGAACGGUGAGCUGCUCGGUUUGGCCUUCAUGGCAUUCUUCAUCAUAACGCUGUCGUCGACAGCCCGGUAUUACUUCAAGUUCUUCUGCUUCAUCGCCUUCUCGGUGGUGUGUGCCGUCGGUCCAGUGCCACUGAUGUUGAUCCGACCCCGAGACUAUCGAAACGCACUAAUUCCAGCAUACUUAUGCAUCGGUUUCGGUAAAAUGCUCGGUGCAUCGUUUACGGUGCGCGGUAAAGAAAAUAUCGAACGGAAGCACGGUGGAGUCGUGCUGAUGAAUCACCAGAGCGCACUGGACUUGAUUGUACUGGCUGAGCUUUGGCCCAUUAUGGGCCGGUCGACGGUGGUCGCGAAGAAGGAGGUACUGUACAUGUUCCCGUUCGGGUUGGCUUGCUGGCUCUGGGGGACUCUGUUUAUCGAUCGGCAGAACCGUGAUUCAGCCAAGAGCGUCAUCAACAAGGAAGCAAAGGCCAUCAACGAGAAGCAGGCUAAGCUACUUUUCUUCCCAGAGGGAACGCGAGGAAACGGCGAUAAACUGCUACCGUUCAAGAAGGGCUCCUUCCACGUUGCCGUCGAAUCGCAGGCCUUCAUUCAACCGGUGGUCAUUUCCAAGUACCAUUUUCUGAAAUCCAAUGCAAAGAUUUUCGAUCGAGGACAAAACAUCAUCAAAAUUCUUCCCGAAGUGCCCUGCGCCGGGUUAACUAAGGAUGACAUUCCGGAGCUAAUGGAACGGGUACAGAAGAUGAUGCAGCGGGAGUACGAGCUACUAUCGGAGGAGUCACUAUCGAUUAACAACAUUAGUGAGGUGGUGCACUAGAAGGAAUUGGUGGGUUGGGUUUGUUCGUUCCUACGUGGGACGUGCCCAGUACGGCACAAAACGGUUGACCUGGUAAAGCAUGUUAGAAUAAUACCCCGGAUCUUCAUUAGGGUUAGAAAAAUGCUGCAGAGACAGAUAAACUGCUUGAGCUCUCCUUCAUCGAAAGGAAGUACACUCAUCACCACCUCAUCAUCACGUCAAAAAACAACAACUCCUCGUUCAACAACAGAGAGCUUAGUAGUUGCGACUAGUGAUUGCCUUGUUUUCAACUGUUGAGUUUUGCCCCGUACGAAGCUAUCCGAUGUAGAAUGUAUGUGUUUCUUCCAAAAACCAAUAACCAGUCGUUUGAAGGAUAUCUUUUUUAGUAAGCAUGACGCACAAAAACAGACACACAAACGGAGCCGCGCUACUUUUCGAAUAAACCCCAUUUUGAGGAUAUACUCUUUUUCCUAUCUUCCUUCGCCAGAGACUAUAUAGUUCCUGUGUAGUAGAUGUAAGAGCGCGUAGAAUGAGCCAUUAUCAGCUCAACUCAUCAGCAAUGGGUUUAAAGUUUCCAAAGUCAAAUAGUUAUGAUCAAUCAAGAGGGGAGGGUGCGAAGCAAUAGCUGGCUUGUAAAUAGCGUACAAAGUACAUAUUUUAGCAAGAUAAGAAUUUUAUUCGAAAGAGCAAAACUAGGGUUUAGGGAGUACGGUAGUAAGUGGUAAGUGGCGAAGAGAAUGAAAGCACAAAAUGGGUAGAAAAGUACAACAGCAGUGUAUGGAUGCGAACACGACGUUAAAUGUCGUACGUUAAAUGUGAUAAUACAU